AUGGAAACGGCGCCACGAGGCACGCCGUUGGGCCUGUCCAAGCUGCUUCGCAAAGACAAAGACAAGGAUUCUCCUGGCGUUUCAACCACUUCGCUGGCCAGCAGUUCCGACAAUGGCGCUGGGAUAACCCAAGGAGCCACGGUGGAGAGCAGUGGGCUUCGUGCAUCGAUGGAAUCCGCCAUGGGCAAGGUCAAAGAACGCACGCGUCGGCACUCUGUCAGCGACCGGGGACGCCGUGGUAGUGACGAGUCGCGACGUUUGUCCACGCUGGUAUCCAAAACGAAGCACCGGGUGAAGAAGGGUUUGAAGGUUGCCGAUGUUGAUUCGGAGCGCAGUUUCAGCAUGGACUCCAGACUGGAUGYCAGUGGGAUCRGGGGGAAUCAGUCAGACUAUGAAAGCGGACGCAGCAGUCUAUUGACUGAUGAUGAACGAUCAGAUCCAGAUGGCGAUAUCACAGGCAACAGGCCAUCCAUACUUCCCCGCCAGUCUCAUCAAGGGUACUUGACUUUGUCGUCUCCAGAGAUCAACGCCCAGACAAGUCACGUCCUGCCCGGCCAGGACGUGCACACCUUGACCAACACGUUACCCACCGCCGGCUUGCCCACCAUUGAACACUCAUUUCCCCGCAUCGUGGAGCCCAACAACACCUCUUCCACCUCAUUACCCGAUCGCAGCUCGUCACCCAGUGGCAAGCUCCGCAGUGCCUGGACGCUCCCGCGUAAAAAAUCCGGUGGGGAGAUCGAGCCGGCCAAGGCGUUAGGGGGAGGCGGAGGCGGAGGCGGAGGCGGAGGCUUGGGAGGCAUCUUCAAGUCAUCCGGCAGAAGAAAUAGCGUAAAUACACAGGCUUCGAGCGAUCACGACGUUCCCCUGUCGCUUCCUUCAAAAGACGACGUCAAAAGUAGCAGCAAGGCAGGAAAGAAGCAAGUGCCAGCAACUCCGAAGCAAACGCCCAUUCAAACCGACAUUCCUUCCACGCCGCAGAACCUCCACGAGCCACCUACCACCCUCGUAACCCCACCAACACCCAUCAUCGAUACACAUGCCGAUUUUCCGACAGUCGCAAAGACAUUCACUUCACCAGCGGCACGAAGCUUAAACUCGGUCGACAGCAUACGGCACCGACGAGCGCAAUCCGCCACAUUUCCAGGCAAACUAUCGUCUUCCAGCAACGCGCCUCUACCGCCCACGCUAGAAGAAACCAAAACUCCAGGCGGAACGCUAUCUUCUCCCGCCCCGACAACAGGCUUUUUUUCCUCGGUGUUCUCCGUGGCACAAAAGGCAGGUGCCCAGUUUACCAGCACUAUCGGACCGGCGCAAAAGAGCAAACCGACUGGCACGAUAUCAGCAGACACAUCGGCUACGGAGGAAGUGAUCCCUGGGCCAGAUAGCAGGCCGGCAACGGCACCUGUCGGGCGAGAGAAGACAGUUCUUGCGGUAGAGACACUCGGCAAGGGCAGUCUUAGCCUCAGCCAUCUCGGCAUUGWCGAGGGGGAGAGCGAGGCGACUAUGCCGUCCGCCGCAGAGUUGCAAGAGCACGAUGCCCAGUCUCAGAACGGACAAGGCACGAAGAAGGCAGAGGAAGAGGCCGCUGCCCGUGCUGUCUCAUCCGCAUAUGAAAAGCCGGCUCCUUCGGUGGUUGGCGRGACUGUCGGCCGUCCCGGGUCGGUGGCAUCUGUUGACCGGCUGACAUCAGUAGGCGAGCAGACUCCACCGAGAACCGUAAUCAACGGCAGUUCCGGUGGAGUCAAACGAUCGGGUAGCGUCCGGAGUAAAAUGAGUGGACGACGGAAGCACAGGUCCAGCUCGGCCACGCAGGCAACGUCCAAUUCUAUCGCUGCCGCUAUCAUCAACAGCAGCUCUGGGCUAGCCAAUCCGGCCAUGAAUGGUCUUGGACACAGACUUACUGGAUUUGCUGUCGCUAGCAACAAGCGCAACAAAGACUUUCAUCAAUUGUUCCGGAGUGUGCCGGAGGAUGACUAUCUGAUCGAGGACUACAGCGCCGCGCUGCAACGUGAUAUUCUCCUACACGGCCGUCUAUACGUAUCCGAGGGCCACAUCUGCUUUUCCAGCAACAUCCUCGGAUGGGUAACGAACUUGGUCAUCAGUUUCGACGAAGUGGUGUCUGUGGAGAAGAAGAGCACUGCUAUGAUCUUCCCAAACGCCAUUGUGAUUUCUACACUCAACGCUCGGAAUACCUUCGCCAGUUUCGUCGCCCGAGACUCGACAUAUGAACUUCUAAUAGGGAUCUGGAAGAUCAGUCACCCCAAUCUGAAGAGCUCCCUGAAUGGCGUGCAGUUGGACGAAGGCGGUACAGGAGACCGGACCGAGGUGGCAGAAGCCGAGCUCUCCGAUGGUGAUAUGGACGAUGUCACCGAUGAUGAGGUGUACGACGAAGACGAUGAUGACGAUGCGGGAAGCUUUUCGGACGCUGGAAUGCUGGCGAGUCAUGUUGAGAGCGAGCUCGGCGACCAUACAAUCAGCCGAAAGCCGUCCGCCAACGCAUUGGGGCCAUCUUCGCCUCCGGCCGGCGCAGCUCCGCGUGGGUUGGAGGCGACGGACGCUGUUGUUACCGGUGCGGCUGUCAGCAGUGACUUCCCUGGAGCGCCCACGCAUGAGCCUACGCAGUGCACAGAGCCGGGAGAGCAUUACGACCGGCCUUUGACCGAUACCAUCAUUCCAGCACCGCUGGGCAAGGUCUACUCGAUGAUGUUCGGCCCGGCAUCUGGCGCUUUCAUGCGCAAGUGGCUCGUGGAAGAUCAAAAGUCGAGAGAGCUCAACUAUGUGGAUGACAAGACUGGACUGGACAACGAGCACCCGAGUUUUACAUUUGAUUACAUCAAGCCUCUGAACGCACCUGUUGGGCCGCGACAGACGAAGUGUAUAACGACGAAUACYGUGAAGGCUUUUGAUCUAGAAAAGUCGAUCUCGAUCGACUGCAGUACUCAGACACCAGAUGUUCCCAGCGGCAAUGUGUUCACGACUAAAACGAGGUACUGUCUAAUGUGGGGACCGGGAAAUUCUACGCGUAUGAUUGCGACGUGUACGAUUGAGUGGACUGGCAAGAGUUGGCUGAAAGGACCCAUUGAGAAAGGUGCAAACGACGGUCAGAUCGCCUACGUCAAGGCCAUCAUCACAGCAAUAGAAGCGGCUGUGACCGCCAAACCUCCCGUCAAAGGCAUAGCUCGCAAGGGCAAGCGGAGAGACAAGAAAGAAGUCUUUGAUGUUGAUGGCGCGGCCGCAAAGCGCGACGCAGCAAAUGCGGCAGUGCAACAGUCCAGCGGCUGGGGUCCUCUGGAACCGGUUCGACAGAUUCUGGAUCCUAUAAUUGGUAUCAUCGGACCGUUGAUUACUUCUCAAGUAAUCAUUAUCACACUCUUCUUGCUCCUGGCCUACAAUUGGUUCUUCUCAGCAGGUCGAGGUUCUUCCGCUGUUGGCUCGCACGGGUACAGUCUGGAACGCAUGGCGGCCUAUGAGGCCAUCUGGCAGAGAGAAGAAAACGCGCUCUGGGAUUGGCUAGAUGAUCGCGUGGGGCUCGGGGAAGGAGCUUACCCUGAGCGGCAAAAGGUGUUGAGGAUGCAGAGCAUGGGGAAGAGGCUCGCUGAUGAGAGGAUGGAGGGAAGACAGAUGAGCGAGGCUAUCAGAACCACAGAGGAGAGGCUACAGGCCCUGAAAGACGCUGUGCAGAGUAAAGUGGCGAAGGGAAGAGCGACGGACUGA